AUUCCAUUUGACAAUUGGGAUAAACUCAGAUGGACUAUGACUAUGACGCCAAUCGCAACGAUCGACACAAUCAAGACGGCAAGUCGUCGUUGCCUGUAAAACAAUAUAGACGCCGAGCGAAACGAGCAACUGGCAGUCCAAGAUGCCAUUCAUGUAACACGACUGAUACCCCAGAGUGGCGACGUGGACCGGAUGGAGCUCGAACCUUGUGCAAUGCUUGUGGACUACAUUAUGCCAAACUAAUGCGGAAGUCCGAAAAGAAACCAGCAACUUAACCAAUUUGCUUGCCACCUUUUUAUUUUUACUUACCGUGAUUUGUUCAACGCUGGUCGUUGGCACCCAUCCUUUGCAGCGUUUGCCAUUCCAAUCAGGAAUUUCUUCACAUUUUUGGUCUUCUUUUUCUGUUUGCUCGUUUAUCGUACCAUUUUUAGCAUCACGCCUUAUUAUAGUUCUUUUUUAUAUCAACCCAAUAGAUUGCAUUCAUGCAUGCUCUUUUCUUCUUUCUCCAAUGAUUGGAUGUUUUCAUUUUUU